AUGCGACUCGACAUUAACGAGGAAGAAAACCUCGCGCGGAUGCGGCGUGGCGAGCUCUAUUACGCCUUUACUCCGCAGCUCGUGGCCGCCCGGAAACGAUGCGCACGGGUGGUCAGCCGAUUCAAUAGUGCAGGGGAGCUGAGCCGACGAGAAGUUGCAGAGUACUGGAAAGAAAUAACAAAUGACGACAAACCACUCCCACCACCAGCAUCCGCAACCGCAACCGAUACCGAUGAAGACGCCACCCUGCACGCCUAUCCCUGGAUAGAACGACCCAUUAACAUCGACUACGGCACAAACAUCACCGUCGGAAGCGGGGUUUUUAUAAAUUUCAAUAGCACAUUCGUCGACACCUGCCAGGUGUCCAUAGGAUCCCGAACCCUGGUCGGCCCGAACGUCUCGUUUUUCAGUGGCACGCACCCCCUGGAUCCAGACCUGCGCAAUGGCACCAAUGGGCCCGAGAUGGGCGCGUGUGUUACCGUCGGCGAGGACUGCUGGAUUGCCGGGGGUGUGAUUAUUUUGCCAGGGGUGGUGAUUGGGGAUGGGUGUACUAUUGGUGCCGGGAGUGUGGUUACGAAGGAUGUUCCAGCAUAUCACGUAGCGGCAGGUAACCCUGCACGGAUUCUUCGGAAAGUGGAGCGCAAAUACAAAGCAGAACAGGAGAAUCGUCAGAUCGAGAGUCAGCAGCAAUAA